AUGGGCUCUUCUGUGGCUUCUGGAUCUGUUCACAUGUCCCAACCAGAGCAGCUGCGUGCCAUCUUGACUUUGCUUGGCAGACACGGUAUUCGUGAGCUCGACACAGCUCGAGUGUACAACAAUGGACAGAGCGAGCAGCAUCUUGGUGCAACCAGAGAAACCGUGGAAGCCUGUAACCUGACCGUGGCGACAAAGGCGCCUGGAUUUGUGCCGGGAUCGCUGUCCUACGACAACAUCAUCCGGGCUUGUAACGACUCGCUCGCUGCGACAAAGCAACAAAAAUUCGAUCUGUACUACUUCCAUGGUCCGGAUCGUCAAACACCACUGGACGAGUCAUGCCGAGCUAUGAACCAGCUCCAUUCCGAGGGCAAAUUUGAUCGCUUUGGUAUCAGCAACUUUCGCGCAGACGAGGUUCAUCAGAUAGUGGACAUCUGCCACAAGAAUAGUUGGGUCAGCCCUUCGGUAUACCAGGGCGUGUACAACCCUCUUCUUCGUGCUAUGGAGCCAGCACUACUGCCUGUCUUGCGAGGCUACGGCAUAGCGUUUUAUGCUUAUAGUCCACUUGGCGGAGGCUUCUUCUCGCGCCCAAUGGAACAGCUUCGUAUGCCUCCCGCAGGCGGUCGCAUGGACCAGAUGAAAGUAUUCCAAACCAUUUACGUCAACGACAUGUCUUUGGAGUUGUUGCAGAGACUGACAGAUACCUGCGACAAGGCUGGUGUCACUGUGCGUGAAGCAGCACUUCGAUGGCUGAUGCACCAUUCUUCGUUGGGUGAAGCGGACGGUAUCAUCCUCGGCGCGUCAAGUGAAGCGCAGAUGGAGCAGAACUUGGCAGCAUGUGAGGGCGCUGCGCUCCCGGACUCGGUUGUCGAGUGUUUUGCGGAAGUCAGCCGUCAGUACAGAGCUGCGGGAAAAGAUGAGAUGUACUGCGUCUGA